GCCGGCUUUAUGUACCCAGAGUCUAAACUUGUUCCAAUCACCGGGUCAUUGUCGCAUCGUGGAACGAGCUACAACGGCGUGUUAGGAGCCUAUACGCCCCAAUGCACUCGUCAAUACUGUCCUCAAUGAGGCGUGGGUCCAAGCGGAGACCGAGGUCCACUACGACCCACUCAACAUCCGCUUGGGCAGUAUAUAUAUAUCAGCUGCUGUGGGCGAAAUUUCCCUCCACUUGGAAUUGCGCUCAUCCAACCGUGAUCGAAACGCUAUUCACCACUCCCCUAGAUCCCUCGCAUCCACUAUCAGUGGUAAUACGGAAUGGCGAAAGCUACCAUAGCAAUUGUAACGGGAUCGAAUCGUGGUAUAGGACGAGCUAUAUGUACAAACAUCGCCAGACGACCAGCCAUAUCCCCUCCAGUAGUGCUAUACGCUACGUCUAGAGGUGGACACGACCUCGGCCUGCCCCCUACCUCCACCGCGAAGAUCGUCUACCAUAAACUCGACAUAUCCUCCGACCAAAGUAUCGACGACCUUCUGUCCCACAUCAAGAAGACUCACGAAGACGGCGAAGUCGGUGUGCUCAUCAACAAUGCGGCUGUGGAAUACGACCACAAGAUGUACACCGCACAGAACGCGAAGAAAACGCUCGACGUCAAUUAUCGCGGGACGCUGAAUGUUUGCCAGAAGCUCAUUCAGAGCGGGCUGAUGCCCUCCGGAUCGCGCAUCGUCAACCUCUCGUCCGCCUUUGGGUCCAUGCUGUCGCCUUACUCCUCCGAAGUUCAACGGAGAUUUCGAAGCUCACGUGAGGACAUGACGUUUGAUCAGUUAGAGGAACUCGCAAGACAGUUUGAAAAGGCGGCGGAGGAAGGAAAAGAGAAGGAGAAGGGGUUCGGAGGGCGGAUGAGGUCGUAUGGCUUUAGCAAGGCUUGUGUCAAUGCUGCGACAGCAAUUUUGGCGAGGGAGCAUCCGGAUCUCGUCAUCAAUUGCUGUUGCCCCGGGUGGGUUAGUACAGAUAUGGGAAAUGUGGUGGGGCGUGCAUCUAAAUCUCCUGAUGACGGGGCGAUAAUACCAGUCAGGCUAGCCUUCGAGGAUCUUGGCGGUGUGACUGGUCGGUUUUGGGCUAAUGACAGUUACAACAGCAGGGGGGCUGGUAAGGUGCAAAUGUGGUAGUGCAGGGAGAAGAGGUAAAUGUGUUGAGGAGUUGUAUAUGGUCAAUCCCUUCGGACUUGAAAGAGACUCAGAGUCGAACGUUAGCAGGUAUUCAGAGCUU